AUGCCUCUAUCGGUAUAUUCAUACGUGGUAUACGGUGCCAGUAUGGUUGAUUCAGUGAUUGAUUCGGUACAACUGUCAUGGGUGCGCUAUUUUGCUGAUAUGUCGAUUGCUUGCCACUGCAUUUUGACAAUCAUUAUCAUCAUCAAUCCGAUCAACUUGCAACUCGAAGAAACAUUUAACGUACCGCAAAAGUUCUGCUGGCAACGAGUGGUGAUCCGCACAAUUGUUAUGUCGGCAGCUUUAUUCGUUGCACUGUCGCUGCCGGACUUUAGCGCUUUGAUGAAUUUGUUCGGAAGCACGUCAGUACCAUGCACAUGCGUCAUCUUGCCAUGUUUAUACGAACUUUAUAUCAGGGCAGCUAUAUAUGACGAAAAAACAAGGACCUGGAUAUUACCAACAUUUUUAGAGUAA